AUGAAGGAGUCAUUUUGCUUUCUCGGUGGCACAGAAACCGCACUUCCAUCUGCAAAGUCACUAGAGUCUCUCCCUUACUUCAACGCCGUGCUCAAAGAGUCCAUCCGUCUACGUGGAAAUGUCCCCACCUCAAACCCACGCGUUACUCCGGCUGGUACAUCAACAAAAUUGGGCCCUUACGGAAACAUCCCACCGGGUGUUAGGGUCAGUGCAUUUGCCUGGUGUCUACAUAGAAAUGAAGAAGUAUUUCCAGAUGCAGAGGCUUGGCUACCCAAUCGAUGGCUCGAUGACGAUCAGCAGUUUGCACAUCAAGAGCAGGAUCGAUGGUUUUGGGCAUUUGGAACUGGCAGCCGACGGUGCUUGGGUCAGAACCUGGCUCUUGAAAUGCUACGCUUCUCGAUGGCAGCAAUAUUUAGCAACUUUGAAGUAUCAAUCCAUGAUGAUACUCGUUUCAUGGACGCAUCUGGAUUCGUAACUGGCAAAGGAGGUGAAAGACUGGAGUUGAUUUUCAAGCACUUCUAG